AUGACAACCAUAAUUUUAUAUUUAGAAUUUUAACAUCUUCAUAGCUCAAUCUUAUAUAAUUGAAAGCAAGAAAAUAACAGCAUCCCAGUUGUUUUUGAUAAAGUAAUUACUGUUUAUAUAAAUAUAAAUAGUGACUAUUUUUUUUAUUUCGUUAUUUAAUAAUUUUUUGUGAUUGUAUAAAGAAUUGGAUGUUUAGAAAAGCAGUAAUACGUUUUCUUAAAAAAAAAUAUAUUCAAUAUGAAGUAACUUUUGCACUAAAUAUGUUAACGACUACAGAAAAAAUAAUUGUUAAUUUUAUUUUUAUAAGCAUUACAGCAUUAGUUUUAAUGAGUGUUUAUGUAUAUUUUCCGGAACAUUUGCGACAACUUGCAGCCAAAGCAACAUACUAUUUGUACGGAUAAAUCUUUAGAUAAAAUUUCCACUUUCCUAUGGCCAAUAACAAAUAAUUUAGAAAAAAUCCAACAUUUUCAAUAUAGAAAAGAUAUAAAGAUUAUUGUGUCAUGAAAUAUUAAUUUCUGAUGUUUGUCUUUCCUUUAAAGAUGCCAUCGAACUAUAUAAAAAGUCAUAAACACCAUUAUAAUUCUUCUCAUUAAUCUUGUUCAACACAAGAAUCCUAAAAUCAUUUAGGCUAAUAUUCAAGCCUCCUUCCUGUAUAAUAUAUAAGUAUAUAAAUUUUUUUUAUAUUAUUGUUACUUCUGCCCAUCGUUUCAAAGAUGUAUUGCUUAUAGGGC